AUGUCUAAAUUCACAAAACCCACAUAAGCAGCUAACAAGCUCGUCAAAACAAACCAAGGUGCUCCAAUUAAGAAACAAGACUCAGAUUCUGAUGAUUUGAGCGAUGUUCCUCCUCCCCCCAAAAAAUAAUAACAAAAGCCAGUUGGAACAACCAAAGUAGCUGCUAAGGCCCCAUAAGUUGAUUCAGAUGAUCAAGACGAACCAGUUAAGUUGGUUUAAUCAGUGAAAAAGGGAAGUUUUGAUGCAACAAAGCCAAACACCACAAAUUAAAAUGUAGCCAAGUAGGGAUAAAAGAAGCCUGUUCAAUAAGAUGAUGAUUCUGAUGAUGUACCACCUCCUCCAAAGAAGGGAGCAGUGGUUUAAAAAAAGCCUGUCAAAUAAUAGGAUUCUGAUGAUGAUUCAGAUGAUGCCCCCCCUCCCCCCAAGAAGGCACCAGUAGCCACAAAACCAGUUGCUAAGCCAGCUGUUCAAACCAAGGCCCCAGUGAAACCAUAAGUCUAAUAAGAGGAUUCUGAUGAUUCAGAUGAUGUUCCUCCUCCCAAGAAACCAGUUGCUGCAACAAAGCCAGUUGCCAAGCCAGCUGUUUAAACCAAGGCCCCAGUCAAACAAUAAGCCCAAUAAGAGGAUUCAGAUGAUGAUUCAGAUGAUGCUCCCCCUCCCCCCAAGAAGGCACCAGUAGCCACUAAGCCAGUUGCUAAGCCAGCUGCUUAAACCAAGGCUCCAGUCAAACAAUAAGCCCAAUAAGAUGAUUCUGAUGAUUCAGAUGAUGUUCCUCCCCCCCCCAAGAAGGCACCAGUCUAAUAAUCUAAGGCUCCAUAAAAGACUUAAUAAAUUGAAUAAGAAGAUGAUGAUGAAGAUGAGGCUCCUUAACCAAGAGGAAAAUAAUAACCUUAAAAGCAAGCUCAAUAAGCUUAAUAAGGACAAUAAGAUCAUGAAGUUUUCGUGAGAGGACUCUCAUUUGAUGCCACCGAAUAAGACAUCAAGGAAUUCUUCGAUGAGUGUGGAAACAUCAACAGUGUUAACUUGUUGAAGGGACCAAAUGGAAACUCCAAGGGAAUUGCUUUUGUUAGAUUCUCCACCGAGGAUGGAUAAAGUGCAGCUGUUGAAUACAGUGGCUAAGAACAUAUGGGAAGAACCAUUACAGUUGAGAAGACAAAGCCAAGAGAUCAAAGACCAUAAUAAGGAGGACAAUAAGGAGGAUCAGGUGAAAGCACAACAUGCUUCAUUGGAAACAUGAGUUUCUAUGCUACUGAGGACUCUUUGUAUCCAGUUUUUGAAGACUGUGGAAAGAUUAAGGAAGUCAGAAUUGCCAAGGAUGCUGAAGGAAAGUCAAGAGGAUUCGGAUAUGUCGAAUUCUUCGAUAAUGAGUCAGCUCAAAAGGGACUCGCAAAGACAGGAACUGAUGUUGAAGGUAGAGCUAUCAGAGUUGAUCUUGCCAAUUCAUCAUAAAGAAGUGGUGGUGGUAACAGAGGAGACAGAGGAGGCUUCGGAGGAAGAGGAGGCUUCGGCGGAAGAGGAGGCUUCGGAAGCUUCGGAGGAGGUUUCGGAGGAAGAGGCCGUGGAGGUGACAGAGGAUUCUCAAGAGGAGGCCGAGGAAGAGGCGGAAAUUUAGAUGCUAACGAUAUUGCUGCUAAAAAGGGAACUAUUGCUGGAUUUGCUGGAAAGAAAAUGGCUCUAUGAUAUUAUUAUAAUAAAUCAUAAAUGUGUAGAAAAAUUUAUAA